CCUUCAUGCCUCACUCUAAGGCUGGUCGUGUGCUUUCAGAAGUGAGGCAACUCUCUACCAGCGUUGAGCCAUGCACUGUGAACAACUGUGGAAAAAAUUCCUUGUGUUACAAGAAUGCAACAGGGGGUGACACCUGUCGUUGCAUAGAUGGGUACACCAUGACUCGCUAUCAUGGCUGCCAGGUUACAUGUAACCACUUUGACGGCAGCUGCCCUGGCAAUGCUACAUGCCACCACGUCCCUGGAGGCGGCAGGCUGUGCUCUUGUGACCUCGGCUUCAGGAUGGUUAACGCCAGAUGCAUCUUCGCCUGCGAUAGGGUGACCUGUCCGGACAACUCUAACUGUGACGUGGGCCCUGACGGGAACGCGGUGUGCAGCUGCAACGAUGGCUACGACCAGAUGCCAGACGGCACUUGUGCUGUUACAUGUGACGACUAUGGGGGCAGCUGCCCUGGCAAUGCUACAUGCAACCAGGUCACCGGAGUCGGCGGGCUGUGCUCUUGUGACCUCGGCUUCAGGAUGGUUAACGCCAGAUGCAUCUCCGUUUGUGAGAUGAACUGUCCGGCCAACUCUUUCUGUGAAGUGGACCCUGUAGAUGAAGUGGUGAUGUGCUUCUGCAACGAUGGCUACGACCGGAAGCAAGACGGCACUUGCAUUGAAAACUGUUCAAACAAGAUCUGCGGCGGAGCGGAAGAGUGUGUGCCUCAUGAAGACGGAGCGACCUGUGAAUGCGUGAAUGGAUUCGUCAGGGUCGCUGGGUCUUGUGUUGAGGCAUGCCCUUUGAACCAAUGUGGAGAUAAUUCCGUCUGUUACAAGAAUGCAGCAGGGGAGAAUACAUGUGCUUGUAACGAUGGAUACAACAUGACUCCCAUUGGUGACUGCAAGGAGCCAUGCACUGUGAACAACUGCGGAGAGAAUUCCUUUUGUUACAAGGAUAUAUCUGCGAGUGACAUGUGUAUCUGCAACGAUGGGUACUCCAUGACUCCCGACUACGGCUGCCAGGUUACAUGUGACGACUAUGGGGGCAACUGCCCUGGCAAUGCUACAUGCAAUCAGGUCCCUGGAAUCGGCGGGCUGUGCUAUUGUGACCUCGGCUUGGGGAUGGUUAACGCCAAAUGCAUCCCCGUUUGCGAGAUGAUGACCUGUCCGGCCAAUACUACCUGUGACGUGGACCCUGACGGGGACGCGGUGUGCAUCUGCAACGAUGGCUACGUCCAGAAUCAAGACGGCACUUGCGUUGAAAACUGUUCAAACAAGAAUUGCAAUGGAGCGGAAGAGUGUGUGCCUCAUGAAGACGGAGCGACCUGUGAAUGCGUGAAUGGAUUCGUCAGGGUCGCUGGGUCUUGUGUUG